CGGUCUGGCACGAGAUAACGGGUGGGGAGAGUCACGGAAACACGGGACGACCGCGUACCGGUUUCCCGCAGUAACGGCCGAACAGACGAAGACAGACUGGUGUCUUGAAACGGCGCAGAAGACGCGAAACAGAAGCCGUGCAUGUGGAGAGCGGUUUGUUGGCAGCCAACGAGCAAAGUAGCUAACCAUCGUUAGCCGAACUGGGUUAGCAGGCUAGCCAGCUUUUGUAAUCCGCCGGCCAGACACACUUUCGUUCACCACAAACCAGGCCGAAACCGGAUUUCAAGUGAGGCCACACAACAGCCAAAAGGACAAAGAAGGCACCGGCGGUGGCAGGAGGCUGGUUCUGGGGGCGAGGCCAAAGGACCAGACUCAAUGAGUUUCCAGCGAAAUGUCCGAGAAGUCAGGGCAGAGCACCAAGGCAAAGGAUGGCAAAACAAAGUAUGCAACCCUUAGCCUCUUCAAUACCUACAAGGGCAAAUCUCUGGAAACCCAGAAAACUGCAGUGGCUGCCAGACAUGGGCUCCAGAGUUUGGGCAAAGUUGCUGUUAGCCGGCGCAUGCCCCCUCCAGCCAACCUGCCCAGCCUGAAGGCAGAGAACAAGGGAAACGACCCCAACGUCAACAUCGUCCCCAAAGACGGCAGUGGCUGGGCGUCCCGGGCUGAGGCAGGAGAGGAGAGGCAACAGGAGACGCCCCCACCCCAGAACAAACCAGCAGUGAUCCAGUCACAAGAGCUUUCCACUGGGGGCAGCCGCUCGUGGGCCAACAGCAAGCAGACACAGCUAGACGGAGCUCCUCGGGUGAGCAGCCACUUCCACCAGGAGUUCCCCAGCUUGCAGGCGGCUGGUGAGGCGGAGAAAGGGGACGGUCAAGAGGAGGAGCCUUAUGGACCGGGCCCCAGCCUCAGACCUCAAAAUGUUGGCAGUUGGCGUGAGGGUGGAGGCAGGAAUUUGAACACUGCACCCAGCCCCCCUGAGAUGGAGAACAGGGCUCCAGAGGAGGGAAGUCCAGGCCUUGGAACCUCCACACCCCCGGUGGAAGCUGAUGAACCUGCCCGAAACGUAACCACUGACGGUCAGAGGGAGAAGAGGGAUGUCAGGGAGAGGCCGCCCACAUCUGGCCCUCCUCAGCCUAAACUUAAUGGGGGGCAGCAGCCUCCUGCGGGGGUGCCAACUCACUUUGAUCCUGCUUUCAGGAGCAUGAUGCCACCUUAUAUGUUCCAUGCCUAUCCUCAAAUGUCUUAUGGUCCUGGGCAAGGAAACUUCAGAUUCCCUGUACCACAAGAUGGAGCCAAGGGUCCUCGAUCAGCACGACCCCAGCAGGCCCCCCCUCAGUCCUGGCUCCAGGAUCCAGACAGACCCUCAAUCAUUAGCGCCACAGAACUGAAGGAGCUGGACAAUUUAGACACUGAUGCUGAUGAGGGCUGGGCAGGAGCUCAGAUGGAGGUGGACUACACUGAGAAACUAAACUUCAGCGACGAUGAGGAAAACCAAGCUGCUAAAGAAAAAGGAGAAAACUGGGAGUGGAUGGGUAAAGUGGAGCGAAUGAGACCUCGGCCAUCAGACGGUCAGGAGGGCUGGAAGGAGGGGUCUGAGGACCGUGGGGGCAGUAAAACCUCAUGGGCCGACAGCGCAGAUCCUAGAGCUCCAUCACCUGGCAGUAUGGGGCAGUACACUAAAUCAGCUGCUCCACAGGACUACCAGGGCGGCACUCGUCCUGUCGGUGCCACAGCUCCGCGUGGGAGCAAGCCACCGGCUGCAGCACCCGGUCCCGAGGAGGACUCUGAGGCCUGGAGACAGAAGCGCAAGAAGCCAGAAGUUUCUGAAGCCGUAGAACGAGCGAGACGGAGGAGAGAAGAAGAGGAACGGCGAAUGGAAGAACAGCGGCUUGCGGCUUGUGCCGAAAAACUAAAACGUCUCAAUGAAAAACACCGCCAAGCAGCUGAGGGCAAAUCCUCCCCUGCGCCGAACGAUGAGGCAGGAGCUGCCCACGAGGAGUCCUCCUUAUCAGCUCCUGCUCCUGUAUCCAGUCCUGUACCUUCAGUCCCAGUUUCACAAUCACAGGCCCCGAUCAUGCAAGCUCCUCUGCCUGAGAGAGACAGGGAGAGGACAGAGUGGGAACGGGAGAGAGUUGAACCAACUGCAGAGGAGGAAGUUGUUCACUUGCCCCGUCAGCCCAGUCCUCCUGUCCAGAGGCCUGCGGUCGUAGCUCCAGAGCCUCAGGGCGAGGGGGAGAGCUCCUUGGCGGAGGUGGGCCCCCUAACGGAGGAGAACCAAGCCGACAGGACAACUGUGCCUAUCCGAGACUAUUUCAACAUAGAGGACAACAGAGUGGAUGAGCCCCACCUGUCUCUGCCUCACAUGGACGCCCCAAGUAGUGAGGAAGCCCCCGUAGCCCCCCCACAGCUGGAAGGAGAAGCAGCAGCUGCUAUGCGUCCCUCUCUCACCUCAGGCUAUUCCAAACAGUUUCAAAAGUCUCUGCCGCCUCGUUUCCUCAGACAGCAGGAGCAAAUGAAGCAGCAACAAUGGCAACAACAGCAGCAGCAGCAGCAGCAGCAGCAGAGCGGGGGCUCCGUGUCCCCGUCAGGUGGUGGUGGGGUUCCAGCUACACAACAACAGCAGCAGCAGCAACACCGCUCCAUGUAUCAACCCAUGGGCCCCCACCACCAGCACCUGGCCUCCAUGGGGUUUGACCCCCGCUGGCUAAUGAUGCAGUCCUACAUGGACCCCCGCAUGAUGUCUGGACGUCCUCCUAUGGACAUGCCAGCUAACAUUCACCCUGGGAGGAUGCCUCCGAAGCAGAUCGUGCGCAGAGAGCCAGGUGACAACUCCAGCUCCAGCUCCGACUCCUUUGACCACUUGACCCGACCAAUCCGUGACCAUGGCUUACCCUCAGACUCACGGAUGGUCUGGGGCUCUGACCCGUACCCACAGUCAGAGCCGUUAUCUUCUGUAACUGCUCCGAAAGGACGGGAUGAAAACAAGGAGCCGAGGAUGGACUCUGGUUUGGAUCUGGACAGGGGACUCCCAGCUAUAUACCCCCAGGACCACAGUGCAUUGGACUCUCGUAAGAGUAACUUCUUCCGGGACCCUACAGAGUCCCUGUCAGCAUUUACCCAGGGCCCAGAGGACGUCUCUGGGCCUCUAGACAGGGUCCCUGUAGGCUCAGCCUUCGAUCCUGAGGAGCCAGGCCUACCGAGUGGAGAAGAGGUAGAGGCUCUUGGCCAAGCUAUGCUGCAAAGGAGUGUGUCCCAGGGCUCCAGCCACUCCCUCAAGCUUGAUGAACCCAGGUUUGAUGCUCUACCCCUGGGAACAAAAUCACUAGAAUUACAGGACACAGGGGAAAGGGCUGAUGAUAAGCCCCAGAAUGAACUGUACUCCCAGGCUGCAGUGACCAGCAACAGGGCGACACCUCCUGCUGAUGGAUUACACAAACAAGAGAAGCUGCCUCUGCCAGCCCCUAGCAAGCAGAAAGCUGAGCUGCGCUGGGGAGGGAGAUCAGGGACGGGACGCAGAGAAGGACCAGGGGGAGAGAGGCCAGUCCGCAGGUCUGGGCCAAUAAAGAAGCCUGUGCUAAGGGACAUGAAAGAAGAGAGGGAGCAAAGAGAAGAAAGAGAGAAGCGUCAUGAGAGGGCGGAUAGAGGAGACAGGUCCAAAAAGGAACCGUCAUCCAAAGCUCCUUCUGCAGCUGCUGCUGUGUCUGAGGGAUCCAGACCUCAGGGCGAAGGGAAGAGAGAAUCUACAGAGCCGGAGGAAACACCGACUGGACAUCAGAGAGCCAGAGACUCUCAGCCUUCGUCUGGGGCUCCCACUUCUUCCUCGCAGGAGGAGAAAACAGACAAACUGCAGAGCAAUGACAAACAUCCAGAACCCAAAUUACCCUCCAGGAAAGAGUCCAAUCUUCCUCCACGUGCCUACCGACGAGAGGAGCGAGAGAGGGAGCGCGAGAGGGAUAAGGAUAUGGACAAGGACAGAGAGAGGGAGUGGCCUGCUGACUCAGGUUUCAAAGGACGUGGUCGAGGGGAGUAUUACUCCAGAGGACGAAGCUACCGGGGGACGUACAGCGGCCGAGGCAGGGGGAAUCGUGGCAGAAGUCGAGCAGAGUACCCUUACAGAGAGCCUCGAUCACGCUCUGACUUGCCCUCUGCUGGAGGGGCAGCUGCCUUUCGCAACAGGGAGGAAAGUGAAACGCGCAGUGAGAGCUCAGACUUUGAGGUUAUACCAAAACGCAGACGACGACGGGGUUCAGAUACUGAUUCUGAAAGCGAAGGUGGGAGGGAGUCUGCCAGUGAUACUGGACCGUCUGACCGGGAACCUAGCACCAAACCUAGCCGUCCACUUAGACGAGAACUACCUGGGGAGGGCCGGCCAGGGCCCCACAAGCCAGGCUUUGGACCUCCUCACAUGGGGGAAAAGGUUGGAUCCCGGGGGGACGAUGAAAGCAGACCCAAGCCAGGAUUCCUUCCUAAAGGAGAGCCUUCUCGCCGAGGAAGAGGUGGAUUAUACAGUAGACGAGGAGGAACAAGGGAACGUGGGGGUCCUCGCUCAGCCCCUCUUAGAAGGCCAGCAGCCAGAGAGUCCUCCUCUCAGUGGCCCUCUAAACCCAUGGAGACAUUCAGGCCUGAGGAUGCGGAGUCAACACCAAGAUAUGACAAUCCUCCAGCUGACCGUCGGCCCCCCAAGUCUGAGGGCAAGAAAUUUGGGGACGGGCCUCCUCAGAGUAGCAGAGAAAGGCCUCGUAGAUCCCGACCAGCACGACCUCCUAGGCAAGAUAAACCCCCCCGUUUCAGGCGCUUGAAGGAGCGGGAGGCUGCAGUGUUAGCUAGUGGAGAAACAGCCCCAAGUCCCCCUGUCCCUUUACCCCCAGUGCCUGCUGCUGCCCCCAGGUCUGCCCCAAUCUCCCUCUCCCCAACGCUGUCCAGAGCUCCAGGAACUCCCGUUACUGUGCCUGCGGAGGUGGCAGCCGCUUUGUCUGCACCCGACCUGCCCUCUCCUAUAGAGGCACCCCUGCCGGAGACCAGCAGCCCCACCAUCGCUGCAGCUGGAACCAAGUCCCCCGACCUGUCGAACCAGAACUCUUCAGAUCAAGCCAAUGAGGAAUGGGAAACGGCCUCAGAGAGCAGCGACUUCAAUGAACGGAGAGAGCGAGAAGAGAGGAAAGGAGCGCUGGAGGCCGCUAAUGAAGCAGCUACUGCCUCUGCCGCGGCACCUGCGCCCCCCCAGGGCUCUCUGACCCCCAAUAAAAGCCCUCCUGAUGGAGGAGUGACUCAAAAACGUGAAGGAGCUCCUGCAGCCAAGAGGAGUUUCUCAAGUCAGAGGCCUACAGAGAGACAGAACCGUAGAGGCAACAGUGGAGCCAAACCAGGCCGGAGCUACACAGGGGGCAAAGGGGAGAGGAGGGGAGGGGCCAAAACCGGCCGCAAAGGCCCUGCAGCCCAUCAGAACUCUGAGGCAGCAGCACCAACAGCCGGAGGAGCGGCCCAAAGACCUAAAGAGCAGCCGGCCCGUCGGAAAGACGAGACCAAACAGGCCGCCAAGAAGCCGAAGGAGAACGCUCUGUCUCAGUUUGAUCUCAACAAUUAUGCCAGUGUUGUGAUCAUUGAUGACCACCCAGAGGUCACCACCACAGAGGACCCACAGUCCAGCACCAAUGAUGACGGCUUCACAGAGGUCGUGUCCCGCAAGCAACAGAAACGCCUGCAGGAUGAGGAGAAACGGAAAAAGGAGGAGCAGACUACUCAGAACUGGGGUAAAAAAGGCUCUGGUGAGAAGAACAGAGGGGGAGGAGGAAAGCUGCCCCCAAGAUUUGCCAAGAAACAAUCCUCACAACAACAACAACAACAACAACAGCAACAACAGCAGCAGCAGCAGCAGCAGCAGCAGCAACAACAACAGGCCUCACAGCCUCAGCCUGCUGUAGCCUCCACCCCCCAGGCCCAACAGCAGCCCAUCGUGUCUGCCCCCCAGCAUCCUCACCAUGCCCCCUCCCAGCCCGCUGCAACCCCUCAGACUCUGGAGGGAACAGUGGCUCCUCUGCCCUCCAUUCCCCCUGCGACUGUGGACUUCACCUCAAAGAACCUGGCCCCCGCACCCACGCAGACGCACAGCACUCUGGGUACAGAACUGUGGGAGAACAAGGUAGCAGGCGCCACUGUCCUUCCUGAUGUGAAGAAACUUGGUCCAAUCAGCCCCCCCCAGCCACCGUCUGUGAGUGCCUGGAACAAACCUCUUACCUCCUUCACCGGCACCGUCUCCUCUGAGGGUGUGAAGCCAGGAGCAGAGGGCAGUGUCGAACUGGCAAUAGACAGUAUUCAGUUUGGAGCUCCGUCAUCUGCAGGCAGCACAGACAGUGACGGAGUUCCAGCACUGCUAGAAACUGGCUCUGAAAACAAAUUACCUGCUCCCAAAGAACAGAGACAGAAACAACCUCGAGCUGGUCCAAUCAAAACACAGAAGCUUCCUGAAAUGGAACCAGUGGAAACCAAGGAAUACAAGCCAGGUCCCAUUGGUAAAGAGCGUUCUCUAAAGAACCGCAAGGCCAAAGACGCCCGUGGAGGAGAAGGCGAGGGCAUGGAGGGAGGAGUAACUGGAGGAGGCGGCAGCAGAGCCACGGACUCCAGUCCUCCCACCAGUGACACCACAGUCCCAGAGCUGGGAGGAGACAUCGAGGGCAUGAUCACAGUCCCCUCGGCAGAUUACACUAGCAACUCAAAGGAGUCUGUCACUGACUACACCACUCCCUCCUCCUCACUGGCCGACAGUGUUCCUACUGGAGGGAACAAGAUGGAGGAGAGUUUGGUGGCCAAUGUGGCACUACCCCACUCGUUGCCCCUUCCUCGACGGGAGACCCUGCAGCAGAGCUCCAGCCUCAGCACCGUCUCUCCUGCGACUGUGGACCUAACACUAAAGAUGGAAUCAGCUCGUAAAGCGUGGGAAAACUCCCCCAGCCUGGAGAAGAAUUCUCCGGUCACCUCCUCUUCCUCCCCCAUCACUUCCUGCGCAUCCUCGUACUCUUCCUUCUCCUCGGCCUCCAUGCCACAGAUCCCCGUGGCUUCUGUUACCCCAAGCACCUCACUGUCGGGUUCUGGUACCUACACAACGUCAUCCCUCAGCACCAAGACCACCACAGCCUCCGACCCCCCAAACAUCUGUAAGGUGAAGCCUCAGCAGCUGCAAGGUGGGAGUCUGUCGUCCUCCAGCAGCAGCAGCAGCAGCAGCAGCUUCUCUCAGCUGGGCUGUGUGCCCCCCCUCCUGCCGCAGCAGCAGCAGACUCCACAGGUGUACGUCUCUCAGUCUGCAGCAGGUUCUGCAGCUCAGAUUCCAGCUUUCUACAUGGACACUAGCCACCUCUUCAGCACCCCCCACCCUCGCUUGGCUCCUCCCUCUCUGGCGCAGCAGCAAGGCUUCCAGCCCGGACUCUCGCAGCCGACGGCAGUGCAGCAGAUUCCCAUCCCUAUUUACGCUCCACUGCAAGGUCAGCCUCAGCACCAACACACACACCAGCCCCAGCUAGGACUCAGCACUGGUCCUCCAGUCUCCCAGCCACAGGACCUGUUCAGCUCCUCACUGCAGCCGUACAGGUCUCAGCAGGCGUUCAUGCAGAGCAGCCUGUCGCAGCCCUCCAUGAUGCUGUCAGGACCGUCCCUGCACAGCUAUCCUGGUGUGCAGGCCCCUGACAUGGGCAAGCCUCAGUCCAGCCUGGCCUAUCAGCAGCCCUCAUCCACCCAGCACAUUCCCAUUCUGUUUGAGCCGCAGCUCAAUCAGCCCUCGGGUAUGGGAGGCUCCCAGCUCAUCGACACACACCUGCUGCAGGCUCGACAGGGUAUGAAUCAGCAUUCAAACAUGUACUCAGGACAGGUGCAACAACACGGCCAGAGCAGCUACUACAGCAACACUCAGUCACCCAGCUCAGCCAUGCAGCAGGUCACGGUCCCUCUGCCCGGCUCCCAGUUGUCCCUGCCAAACUUUGGCUCGGGCGGAGGCCAGCCCCUCCUCGCGCUGCCCCCCACGCCUCCUCAGGCCCAGCCCCCCAGCAUCAACCGACAGCCCCCAGUCUCCCAGCCGUACCGAGGCAUCAUGGGCCCCAACCACAACAUGAUGCAGCCGCCCACCAGCAAGAUGGACAUAGAUCUGAAGCUGUUCGGCAGCGGGAUGGACGUGAAGCCAGGAACCCCUCCUGUCAGCGCCAGGAGCACCACCCCCACCUCCAGCCCUUACAGCGGCGCAGUCUCCACCUCCCCCAGCAGCCAGUCCAGUAAGAUGAACAGCAUGCUCUACCAGAAGCAGUUUCAGCCCAGCUCAGCCGGCAUGAGAAUGACACAGCACUUUCCUGGCCAGUUCAACCCACAGAUUCUGUCUCAGCCCAACAUCGUCUCUCCUCUGGUUCGACCUCCUCACACCAACUCGUUUGCUGGAGGUGUCCAGCGCUCUCCCAUGGGCCCUCCAAUGUCCCCCAACGUGGGUGGUGGUCUGAUGCCUCAUCCCCGACCCCAGCAUCCACAGCACAGCCAGCACCCUCCUCGAGGGCCCUCGGGCCCCUCCAUCGCACCCAGAGGCACACAGGCGGCUCUGAAAGCUGAACAGGACCUGAAGGCAAAGCAGCGGGCUGAGGUGCUCCAGUCCACUCACAAGUUCUUCUCAGAGCAGCAGCAGCAGCAACUCAAGGCGCCGCAAGUCAGCAAAGCACCUCGGCUGGAUCAGGGAGGGAAACCCCCCCUCGACACCUCGGCCCCAAACCACCAGCCCGGAGGUGACCGACCAGAUUCUGACAAACCCCCCGUCUCCACGGCCAAGCCCAUACGGACCGGCCCCAUAAAACCACAGGCCAUCAAACCAGAAGAGGGCAAGUAAAGAGCUGCAGACGACAGGAAGAGAGGGAGAGUCAACCCCAUCACUCAGUCACCACUCAUAUCAGCCCUGGGGGACAAUGUGGGGGAGGAGGAUGAGUUGGUAGAGAUGGUUACUGAGAGUAGGCGCUGUCCUGCAUAUAUAUAAUCCUCUUCUUUCUUCCCCUGUCUUGUCCCGCUGUAGGAGGGGGCGUUUGAUUCUUCCAUCAUAUUUAGAUGCCGAUGAAACGGCUGCACAAGUUGUUCCAUAGAAAUCUACUGCGACGGUAGAAGAAGAGAGAGAAUUUAAAAUGAGAUUUGCUGCUGAGUUUGCCAUUUUUAUAGCUCUUGAUUUCUGCUCCUUUUUAUCCCCACCCCCCACCCAACCCCCCCCAAUUAGGAUCCACACAUUAUAGGAGAAACCCGUUUCGUUAAUGAAAGAAUGAAUCCGAUUUGUUUUUGUAGUCAAACAAUCUUCAGUGUCGUAGUGAAGCACUCUUUCUCCAUCACUAAUCCUCAGAUCUGUGCACGUGCACAUGCACACGCUCCCUGACGGUUUCAUCCACGCUCACAAGACGUGACAUCACAAACGUUGUUGUCAUUUUGUUUUUGUUUUUACCAGAAUGGAAAUGUGAAAAUUGCAGCAUUUGAUUGACUUUAAUGAUUGAUUUAUUGAUUAGUCUGCCUGUGAGCCUUUGCUCCCGCCUUCUGCUCUCAUCUCCUUGCCUGAGAAUAACUGAUGUGUUGGGGUGUGUGUGUGUGUGUUGAGUGUCUGUCUUUGGUAUGAACAGGGGGCGCCUGUAGCUGGACUCUCCUGUAUAUUUAGCCAAAGGUUAAUGCAGCGCAGAGAUGAUGUCACAGCCUUUUAGGAUUGCUGUUGCCGUGGCAGCAGAGUUUUGAGUGAACUGAAAGGAUUACAUGGAUGAUGUAUGAUCACUACUUACAGCUGUUUAGGGGGCUACUGUCACACACCCUUUCACUGCUUUCACACCCACCCAUCCUGUCACACAACACACACAUACACACUUCACUGUAAAGCACCCAGACCUGCUGCUAUUGACUGAUUUCAGUGCCCUUAGCUAGUACAUAGCAGGAUAGGGCUAUUUAGAGGAAUAGACACGGUGAAGAGUUGAUUGUUAAAACAGUAGAAAACUUUGUGUGUCUGUCGAACCCCCACAACGAUGGGGGGGGGGCAAGAACAAGACAGAGAAGGAGGAAAAAGAUGAAAUGAGAAGCCUCAAGUUCUGAAGCGUUUGGGCAGAAGGACACUUAUUGUUUUGUUGUCUUUACUGAUGAGAGCAAUCAGUGCUGUUUUCUGUCUCUGCCUCACCUCCGCUGGCUGUCCCACCCACAACGCUCUCAUCUCGGGGUCGUGGUGACAAGGGUCCUUCAGAAAUGUACAGUAGUAUGCACCCUGAGGUGGGGAGAGUGUCCUCGUCACCUCCACCCCAGCCGGGGGAAGAGUCCUUGAUUUGGAGGAUGGAUGAGGGAGGGUUGGUAAUGACUUUUGUUUUUGUUUUUUUUUUCCUUUUUUGUUUUUUGUUGUACUUGUACAGGGGUUUCAUCGCUGUAUUAAAAGAUGUACGGUCUUAUUUACAUUCUCUUGGUUUGGUUACAGAAACUAAUAAAAAUAAUAUACUGUUGACAUGUUUUUCAGUGAUGCAGUUUUUUA